CAUUUAAUUUGAACGGCGAUAAAAAAUGUCGGAAAAUUCAGAUAACAAUAUAGAUGAAUCAAAAUUAGAUCGCGAAACUAUUAUUAAACUUCGUGGUGACGCAAUAGGGGAUACCGUCUACUCAAAACGGUUCGUCUUACAAACUUUAUUGAAAUUCUCCAAUUUGGAAUGGUCCGAAGAGUACGAAGAUGAUUUGUGUAAUUUAUGGGACAUGACACUGGAUAAGGACGUUUGCGACUUUUUACUCGAGGUUGAUUUCCUUUCCGUUGCUUCCAAUUCCGUAACUAUGUACAACAAUAACAACAGAUUUGUUGAGAUUGUUCUUGGAAUUAUCGGUAACAUUUUAAGCAUGAAACCCGAUUUAAAAGUAACAUUGGAACAACUAGAACAAAUUUUAUGUCAUUUAGAAUCGGAAGAUCCGUUAAUUUUGGUGCAAGUAAUGAGAAUUUUGAGUGGAGUUGUGCAUAAUAACGACGACUUGAAAUUCGUUGAUGAACAAAUGGUUGCAAAAAUUAAUUUUAUACUUGCAAAUAGUUUGAAUAGAGAUUUACUGAUGAAAACAUUGUACUUAAUGAAUGUUCUAACUGUUAACAAAUUACAUUAUAAACACAUUGAUAUUGAAUUGUUCAGUUCAGUAGUUAAAGCUUAUAAAACACUUAUGAACAACAAUGAUGAUGAUGAUGAUGAUGAUGACGAUGAUGAUGAACAAGAAUAUGAUACAUCAGAAAAUCUGGAAAUAUUAAGUUUAUACACAACAGUUUUGAGUAACAUUUGUUGCUACGCAGAUGAGCAUAGCAAUAUUUUAGAAAUUUUGAAACGCAACGCUACAAACAUGGUGGAAGAAGAUUUUGUUGUUAUUUUAGAAUAUUUCACGUGCCAGUUCAAAUUGUUACCGCUAACAAACCAAAAGGAAUCGAUCAUAUGUGGAAUUGGAGAUAUUUUAAGGACUCUACAAGUCAAAUUUUCGAAUAGAUUUUUUCGAUGUUUCGUCGAAAUAUUGGCUGUAUUGGUUUCCAAUGGGAUUCCGCAAGAAGAUACCAUUUUUAGUAAUCUUCCAGAUACUAUUUGUUAUUUUAUUUAUAAGGGAACAAUUGAAUUCAUUAUGGACUGUUUAAAUGAUUGUGGUUUAGACUCUAAGGUUUUAAGAACAAUUUUAACUUUGUUGAAUAAAGUUGAAAUAGAGGAUGACAAUUUUAAGAAUAAAGUACAAAUGAUUUGUGAAAGACUAACUUAAUAAAAGAUGUUUAAUUAUUA